AUGGUCAACAGUUUGACUUUUACUCUUGUCGUCGUCUGUCUGGUCAGGUCUUGCGAUGGCGUCGCUGCGGUGUCAUCUGACAUGAUUGACUCGACAAAUAAUCGCAUCAGCCGUAACAUGAUACGCCGGGUCCUUCAAGAAACCGCCACGGCUAAUGAUGACGUCAAGAAGCUGUCGACUUCGACGAAAGUCGAUUCGAAACUAAACCAGGAAAUCAAGACGAAACCUGAUCAAUUGGUCAAGGCAGAGAAGAACUCGAGCAAAAUAGGUGCUUGGCUUAAGAGAAUGAACGUCAUCAGCUCGAAAAGAGAUAAGUUUUUUAUUUUAGCAACCAUUUUGCUCUUUCCCAUCGCCGCGUACAUGGUGGCAAGUAGGUAG